UGAGAAAAAUAACAAUUGAAUAUGCUCUAAUUUUAGGCUGAAGCAACACUUUGGUUUAUUGUGUUUCUUCAUUUCAUUCGUGGCCUACUUGUAUGUGUCUAGCUCUAAAUGAUUCAUUUAAUUAAACAACAACUACAAACAUGCAACGUUGUUAUAGAGGACACACGAAUUAGGUAGGGAAAUACACGCGAAACUAUAGUGCCACUGUAGCACUUACAAAACCAACAGUAAGAUGUGCAUGCAGAGCUCCAACUAAGGCAUUUUCUAACACAUUUGAGGGGAACUAUACAAGUAUGCUGUGAAGCUGUUGUCGCCUCUUGUCUUUAUCGGUGUUACAUUUUUCCCGAGGAGUCGUGAACGGGAAGGAUGCAGCUUUUUAGUUCGUUUUGCAGUUUGUCUAUUGGAAUAAGACAUGAUGCCCUGGAAACACAUAUGUAUGUGUAAAUAACGACGAUGAGAAUAUAACAUUUGAUAGCCCACUAUGGAUACGUAUCUGGCUGUAAAGGUGAAAGGAUGAGCCAAUGAGGCAGAAUAGCGCUUCAUCACUGGCCAGGGAGAGAAGCCACCUUGCAGCACUCAUCCUUGGGAGGAUAAAGGGAGACUUGAUUGUUUGUUGCCAUCAGGGAGACGACGGCAAGGCUGGCUCAAGGUGUGAACUGACAGACCGUGAAUGCUUGGCCUUGGGAGUGUAUAGUGGACCCUAUGGCAGAAAUCCACACAAUAUAGGUCCCUGCAUAUGAUCUACCAUGGACAAAGUGCUCAGCAGCCUCCUGCUUCUGGGAACCGCAGUGAUGAUGGCACAUGCAUGCCCCAAGUACUGUGUCUGCCAGAACCUGUCUGAGUCCCUGGGUACCCUCUGCCCAUCCAAAGGCUUGCUCUUCGUACCUCUGGACAUAGACCGGCGGACCGUAGAGCUCCGCCUGGGCGGCAACUUCAUCCUCAAGGUCACACCGCAGGACUUUGCCAACAUGACGGGCCUGGUGGACCUCACCUUGUCCCGUAACACCAUCAGUGCCAUCCUGCCUUUCUCCUUCCUCGACCUGGAGACCCUGCGCUCCCUGCACCUGGACAGCAACCGCCUGACCGAGCUGGGACCGGACGACCUGCGUGGCCUUGUCAACCUACAGCACCUCAUCCUCAACAACAACCAGCUCAACCGCAUCUCCAAGGUGGCUUUUGAUGAUCUGAUGCUGACACUGGAAGACCUGGACCUGUCCUACAACAACUUGCGGGGUGUACCUUGGGAGUCCAUCUGCAAGAUGGUCAACCUCCACCAGUUGAGUCUUGAUCAUAACCUCAUCUCGCACAUCGCAGAGGGGACAUUUACGGACCUGGACAAGCUGGCGCGCCUGGACCUCACGUCCAACCGUCUCCAGAAGCUCCCGCCAGACCCCAUCUUCACCCGUUCCCAGACUAACUUAAUACUGACCACUCCAUACGCCCCUCAGCUUUCCCUAAGCUUUGGGGGAAACCCCCUGCAUUGCAACUGUGAAGUGCUUUGGCUCCGGAGGCUGGACCGAGAGGACGAUAUGGAGACCUGCGCUUCCCCUCCCAGUCUAAAGGGACGCUACUUUUGGUCCGUGCGGGAAGAAGAGUUUGUCUGUGAACCGCCCCUGAUCACCCAACACACGCACAAGUUGUUAGUCCUGGAGGGCCAAACAGCUAGCCUACGCUGCAAAGCUAUCGGCGACCCAAUGCCGAUCAUACACUGGGUCACCCCAGACGACCGUUUGAUUAGCAAUUCGUCCCGAGCGACUGUGUACGAUAACGGCACCCUGGAUAUUACCAUCACCACGUCCAAGGAUUACGGCACCUUCACUUGCAUCGCAGCCAAUGCAGCAGGGGAAUCGACUGCCUCUAUAGAACUAUCCAUCAUUCAACUGCCACACCUCAGCAAUGGUACCAACCACACCGCACAGCCCAAGUCCCGGCUCUCGGACAUCACCAGCUCUACCAAGACCAGUAAGGGGGAGUCCAAGCCUCUCCCGGAAAAGGUGGUGUCUGUAUCGGAGGUGUCUGCAUCCUCUGCUCUGGUCAAGUGGACUGUUAGCAAAACAGCACCCAAGGUCAAGAUGUACCAGCUCCAGUACAACUGCUCCGAAGAUGAAGUCCUGAUUUACAGGAUGAUUCCCGUGGCCAGCAAAACCUUUUUAGUCACCAACCUGGUCCAAAACAUGCAGUACGACCUAUGUGUCCUGGCUAUCUGGGACGACACCGCCACCACCCUAACUGCCACCAACGUAGUGGGCUGCGUGCAGUUCAUCACCCGUGACAACUACCCGCAGUGCCAGUCCCUCCAAAGCCAGUUCCUGGGCGGCACUAUGAUCCUGGUGAUAGGUGGCAUCAUCGUGGUCACGCUCCUCAUCUUCAUCAUCAUCCUCAUGGUUCGGUACAAAGUGUGCAGCAGCCCCCAUUCCAGUAAGCUGCCAGUGGUUAGCAACACGUACUCCCAGACCAACAGUGGGAGUACGCAGGUCAAACCUCAGAUCACAACCACAGUGGUGGUAAUGCGGGAUGAGAUGGUGGAAUUCAAAUGUGGUUCGCUCCAGAGCAGCCUCUCCUCGUCUUCAUCUGACUCGUUGGACAGUCGCAAAACUAGAGGCAGAUUAGGAAACGAGGACCAGUACAGUCUUCGAGACAUUGAGUUCAGCACACUCCCCAGCACCAGUAAUUGGAGGAGGCACAGGGGGCCAUCAUCAUCCAAGGCUAGGCCCAACUUGGACAACCUUUUAGGGGCUUUUGCCUCACUGGAGCUCCGGAGCUCGGCUACGACUAGGGACCAAGGGGAAUCUUGUUCCUCCACCACCACCUCCAGUGCAUUGGUGGCUGUGACCAUGGCCCCUCCAUCUGACAAGGAACCCUUGCUGGGCCGAGCCGAGUCCACCACCAUGCUGGGGCGUAUUCUAGGCCUGCCCCAGGAAGGGAAGCCCAAGAGGAGCCACUCAUUCGACUACGGCCACGUGGAUAGCAGCAGUGGCGCACAGAGCCUCAGCAACUACCCUCGUCACAUCAGCAACAUCUGGACUAAGAGGAGCCUGUCGGUAAACGGGAUGCUACUGCAGUACGACGACAGCGAAGACGGUGAGACCGAAGAGGUGCCAUUCGAGAGCUCAGAGUGGGUGAUGGAGAGCACUGUUUGAGCACGGGUUUAUGUCGGAUUAUGAGGUCAAAGGUCAAAAGAGAAACAGACUUUACAGAAAAAAACAAAGGACCGAAGAAUUAUUUGGAAUAAUACCUCUGGGUCAUCCACAGCGCUGUACUGCAUGAAGUUCAUCCAUGUGAAUACUAUUUAUUGUUCUUCUGUCCAUGUAAUUCUACCGAAACAAACACCCAAGUUGGUUGUUCCUAAGACCGUACAAAUCAAUCGACAGGGUUGGCCACGCUCUCAAUUCGCUGGCAGGGAAGACUGUCCUUAACCGCAUUUGAAAACAUGUAUGCAUUACAGAAUAAAGCCCCUAUGGAAUUGUGUAGAUACAGCAUACAGUAUUUGGAAUAAUGCCCGAACCCUGGGAAUUCAUGUGGGAGUAUCUUUGAGAAACAGGGGAAAUAAAGCCGAGGAAUUCAAAGUGGAUAUCCCGUGUCUUUAUCUUUCGAGCUCUUUGCCAAGGGGAUUUUCCUGAGACUGGCAAAGUAGAUGUGCAUCACAAUGCUUUAGACCAGGGCUCUCCAACCCUGUUCCUGGAGAGAUACCCUCUGUUGGUUUUCAAUCCCACCCCAUUUGUAACUAACCUGAUUCAGUUUAUCAACUAGCUAAUUAUUAAUAAGGUGCACUAGAUUAGGGGUGGAUUGAAAACCUACAGGAUGGUAGCUCUCCGGGAACAGCAUUGGGGAGCCCUGCUUGAGACUCUCAGCAUGAAAAUGGGACUUCUUCAGUAGAAGCAAUGGGAGAGCAAAUGUGUAACAAAAUGAAUAAUUUUUCAUGUUUCCUUUUGUUGUUUAUAUAAUUUGUACUAUUUAUUUUAGAGGUCACCAUUGAGAGUUCCACUUUAUGAAUAAAGAAACAAAACAAUAUAAAUGAUAGUCAAUCAAGAAUAAUAUACUAUAUCGUUACCCAGUCCCCUCAGAAAGACAAUAUUUCAUAACAGCCUAGUUUCUAUUUUGGCACAAACAUAGAGGAAAUCUUAGUCAUUUAUUUCAAAACAUCAAUGGUUGGUUCAUUAGGGGAGUUGUGACAAUAAAAUAUGUAGAGGUUGACUUUCAAACAGUUUACAUAUUCUACCUCAGGUUCUAAAUUAUAUGAAAUACAUAGUCUGAAUAAAGUGGAUUAUUUCAGAAAUAGCAUAUCAUAUGAAAAUAAUCUUCCUUUAUGUCAAUUUUCCGAGGAAUUACUAAAUACAAUUAUCAAUCAAAAUCCCUUUUGGUGUAUCGGCCAUUGAUAUGUGUUGCCCCAGGAUGAUACAUGAGCCAUGUGUUACACAGUAGAGACUUAUUUAGAACCCUCAACAAUUUAAAUGAAUGUCAUCAUGCUGCUGUAAUCCAAUACAAAAGGGAAAGAGAACGAUAUUCAUCAACAAAUGUAUAAAUAAUUAUACAGUGUCUGUCUGAACACACAGAACCAUGUUGGUUUGUUUAAGUUAAAAUAUCAAACAUCUGAAUUUAUUGUAUUAAUUUGGAGUUUGGUUUAUUUUCUCAUUUCAUCCUCUAAUAUUAGUCUAUUGUCUCCACGCUACAGUAACAGACUGUGACCGGAUAUGUACGAAGUUGCAUAGGAACAUGAUGAAUUAUAAAAUUAGUUUCUAUCUUGAACUACUGCCUGUGAUCAAAUCAUAAUGAUGAUUCCUCUCGGAUCGUGUGCAGAUUCUGAUGCCUUUUAAUGUUCUCUUUGACUCUCUGCUGCAUUACAAUAUAGUUUUUUUUCUCCAUAUUUUUUUUUUGUUACUUCUCUUGGUGUAUACUGUUCCAUAUAUUGACAUUUUUUGUACAAUAACUAUGGGUGAGAAUGUAAAAGGGAAACUGUGCAGUAGUGCUUUUAUUUUGUGGUUCAGUAAAAGUGAGAAGGUGCUUUACUGUGGUUUAUAACAUGGAAAGUGUUUAGUUGGCGCAAUGGAAGGUGACGCUGUAUAACGGAGCAAAUAGAAAUCUGGAAUAAACCUGUGUCUGUUACAGAUAUUACAAUUCUACAUUCAAUUUUGCGCGGUCACCUUCCAUUUUGCUAAUCAACAACAACCCUAUAAGUGUGUACAUGACGUGAGAAAGUCAUGAUUCUGACCUGAGGUUGUAAAAAAAGAAUAAUAAUAAUAUGUGUUUAAACAUUUUUGCUA